AUGGCCUUUGCACCCAUGGGGCCGGAGGCCUCGUUCUUCGAGGUUUUGGACCGGCACAGGGCUUCCCUGCUGGCCGAGCUGAGGCGAGCUGGCGGGGAGCCCCCCUGUGGGGGAACCCGCCUGGCUUCUAGGUUUGAAGAUUCUGUGGGUCUUCAGAUGGUUUCUCAUUGUACCACAAGAAAAAUCAAAAGCGAUUCACCAAAAUCAGUUCAAAAAUUUGCUCUAAUUCUGAAAAUAUUGUCCACGAUUUAUAAAUUAGUACAGAGCAACACUUACGCAACCAAAAGAGACAUAUAUUACACUGACAGCCAACUCUUUGGUAACCAGACUGUUGUGGACAAUAUUAUCAGUGAUAUUUCUUGCAUGUUAAAAAUGCCAAGGAGAAGUCUGCAUAUAUUAUCUACAUCGAAAGGUUUAAUUGCUGGCAAUUUACGAUAUAUUGAGGAAGACGGCACCAAAGUGAACUGUACUGGUCGUGCAACAGCUAUUGCCGUGCCCUCUAAUAUUCAAGGAAUUCGGAAUUUAAUUACAGAUGCAAAAUUUGUGUUAAUUGUAGAAAAAGAUGCAACAUUUCAGCGGCUCCUAGAUGACAACUUUUGCAACAAAAUGUCUCCAUGCAUCAUGGUUACGGGAAAGGGAGUUCCUGAUCUGAACACAAGACUUCUGGUCAAGAAGCUCUGGGAUACGUUCCACACCCCAGUGUUCACUCUCGUAGAUGCCGAUCCACACGGCAUAGAAAUAAUGUGCAUCUAUAAAUAUGGAUCGAUGGUAAGCCCCGUGCCGCGUCCCCUCGGCACCCGCCGCUAUGGCGUCCGCGGAGGCCGGAUCCCCUAUGCGAGGAGAGCCUCGCUGCGAGACGCUGGGGCGUGA